GGGAGGAAUGCAUCGGCCUCCUUCACGAGGUUGCCAGGAUACAGAGCGCCUGUGCGUUGCUUCGGCUCACAUAACAGCUCAGGCUGUGUCGCUAGAACCAAAAUGAACGCAGUGGGAUGUAUUUUUAAGCUGAAGAAACUGUGACGAAAAGCUGUUUGUGGAUCAACGACAUUAAUAUCAGGGAUGACUUCUGCACAUCAUAGAUUAGGAGAUGGACUGAGCUGUCCUGCCAAAGGUUUUCCAGCUGGGACGAGUCAAAAAAGAGAAGAUGCUGGUUGUUGGCUUCUGCAGGCUCACAGGAAGUCAGAGAACAGAGCAGCAAACAGAGGAAAGAAAUGUAAAACCACAGAAGCAGAUCAACUCACAUUGGAUGCGCUUUUCUUGCUUCAGCUGCACUGUGUUGAUGACCCGUCUCAAAUAUGCUCCGUUGAUAUAAGUGAACAAAAGCUCAACUCAGUUAAACCAGAGGGUUUCCAGGUGUUUGAAAACAUAGCUUACAUAGAUGCAUCCAUCAACUCCCUCUCAUUAGGUUCUUUUAGCUGUUUCCCAUCUUUGAGAGAACUCAAUCUGUCUCUGAACAGAAUUCAAAACCUGGAUUUGGAUUCUGCUGACUUCCAUCACCUUCAGGUAUUAAACUUGUCCUAUAACAGUUUAUCACCUGAGAGCCUGAUCUCCCUCAGCGGUCUUUCAUCUCUCAAAGUCCUUCAUUUAACUGGAAAUGGCCUUCAUCAUCUUCCUCCAAAUCUGUCUUCCUCAGACCAAGACCCCACUGAGAUGUCUUCUGAACAGGAGAGAAAACACUUUGAAUCACUUGAAGUCUUGAUCCUCGAUGAUAACAAACUGUCCUCUGUCGUCUUCUACAGUCUGGUAAACUUAAAGAGACUGAAACAUCUCAACCUUCAGAAGAACCUCAUUUGUGAAAUACCCUGCUUGCAAAUGACAAGAGGUUUGACGCCUGAGCAGAUUUCCUAUGUGGAAGAAGGCAAAUUCCAGUCUCUGACACUUCCUCAUGUGGAAGAACAUGUGAAGAUCCUCAAGAACAUUCAAGAAGUCUGGGAAACAUCCAGUCUGCCGCUUCCAGAGCUUCAGAUCCUCAAUUUAGCCGACAACAAGAUAGUCAAAGAAGAAGCUCUGCUGGGUGCUGCUCUUUUCCCAAAGCUGCUGGAAUUAGACAUUCACUCCAACCCUCUAACCACAAAGAGGAAAGGAGACCCUCCUUUGUUGACCUUCUACCUCCAAGAGAGACGAGGAAUAAGGAUUAGGGGGAAGAAGCCAGAGGAUGCAUCAAGGCUCUCCCUGAAAGCCUCUGCAGCUCCCAGAUGGAAGGUUGGACAAAGCGACAUGAAUGUGUCAAAGAGGCCGAUGAUAAUAAAGGAAAUGACCAGGGGAGACAGGAAGAAGAUCAGCUGCAGUGACCCUGAAAAAACAGAGCCCUUCUUCAUCACUCAGGAAGGAGACGAUUCUAAUUCUGAAUCAAACUCUUUCUCUGUAGAGAAUGAAGCUGCCAAGAACAAGCGUGCAAUGAAAACAAAUAACACGUCCUAUGAAAUGAUGAUGGGUCUAAAAGCAAAUCCUGAUGUGCUGAAAUCUGUCGGAAUCCAAACAGCUGUUCGGAUGCUGGACUACACUCUGAGGAAUCUUAAUGUCUACCCAGACUCCAAACCAAAACUUGAUAGCAUCCAGACUCUGUGCAGGGAAAGAAUGAAGAAGACCAAAGUUCUGCCACCCUUACGAUCAGCGAAGCAGCCGACCGAAAGGGUUGAUGCAAUAAAGCAAAUCAAGGACCGUUCAUCAAUGACAGUCGUGUCCUUCGCCAGUGCGCUGAAGACCAAAGGCAUGGACAGAAAGGAGCAGAAGGAAGCCCUGACCCUGCUGAGGGACAUGAAAUCAAAGUACAAGAGGGUCCAUGAGAAAACGGUGGAACAAGUCGCCACUAUGGCGUUUGGCAGAAACAAAGAGCGAGGCGGUGACGAGUCUCCACCUGUUCUUUAAUUCAUGCCGUAGCUGGGAUUUCAUUUGGGCUUCAGUUGCAUCCUGCUGAUAGUCGUGUGAGAGAAUCCCUGGAAAGGAAAGCAGAAACCCUCAAACCCUGCAGAGCAUCUUUAGCUGAAAACCAAGGUCUGACUCCCCUCAACCGGCACUGAACUCUUCAGAGGGAAGCUUGCCGGCUGCGAGGGAUUAUGAAACACAACCUUAAAGUGGACAGUUGUGAGAGCACUGAGGAUGAUGGUUUCCAACAGCUGCACAACCAAUAUGACAACCAAGCAGUUUGACUGCACGACGACACGUAAAACAAUUGUAUCCAAUGCAUACAAAAUAAACUAAAGAAAAUGCUUUUCUUACUGGUACAAAU